AUGGAGGUGCCAGGUCUGCUGCGUCCUUGGUUCAUCUCGGAUCCAGACAAGGUCGCCGCGGAGAAAUUGGCCAUGACCAAGGUCCCUCCUGAGUAUUUGGAAGCUCCCUACGAGGAACUUCCAUGCUUGAAUGACAGUGCUGUUCUCUUGCCGCCGUUCAGUUGUGCUUACAUUAAGGGGUGGAAGCGGGGAACUAUGUUGCUCAUUGUCCUCCAAGCGAUCAGGGAGUUGCAGCUGGAUGACAAUAUUGCUCAUUGGAUCAAGGAGUGGGAGCAAGCGUCUGGUGUUGCGAAGGCGUUCAAGUUAGGCAAGCUGGAAGCAGAGGCUGUGAGCAACUUGCAAUGCCGUGUUCCCCGGCACAUCGUGGAUGAGCUCUCUGCAGCAGUGCGCUCCAGAGGACUUACACGACUGGUGACGCACGACUUGAUCGCUAAGGACUUGCUGAACGCGGACUACAGUUCCGGCGUUGGUGUUCUUGAGGGCUGGCGGGAGGAACUUAGGAAUGGCGCUGACCAUUCCGUCGUGAAUCUGUUCUUGAAGCGGCUCAUUGCGAACUUUGACAACACACCGGCUCCUUUGCGCAAAGGGAUGUCGUUCAAGGAAGGAUUGUACCUACACCAAUGUUGUGGAGGGUUUGUCCACUUCCUCAAAGAGUUCGAGAAGUUGGCGCCUCCAGACGAGUUCACGCAAGCAGCUGAAUCCCUUCGCAACCAAUUCGGGUUUGGAUAUCUUGAUCCUGACAUCUACCAUUGCCUCGAGACACAAGUCUCGCCAGGGCUUGUGCGCAGCGUGUCCGCCUUCAGGCCGUUCAUUGCGACCAUUGAGAACGCAACAAAGAGCCGGAAGGAGAAGGAGGCUGAAGACCUCGCUGCAGACGUGCGGCAAGCAGAUCUCAAGCAGAUCAUGGCGCGCAUCGACGCAGACUUCGCAGCUCUGGAUGCCAUGUCUGGAGGAGACGCAAAGGAGGCUGUUGAGACCGCGCUCGACAUGAAGUGGAUCCGUGACCGGCAGAUGAAAGGCGACAAGUUCGUUGACAAGUGGAUGGCGGAGAAUUGCAAGCUCAUUGAGGUUGACGCUGAAAUGCAGCAGGUGGUUCCCGAUUUUAUCGCGUUCAAAGAGCAAUUCAGAGGCAUUGCUGGCAAGGAGUGUGUACUUUGUGGAUACGAUGCCACGGUCUUUCCUGCAAAUGCUGGGUAUGCGCGCCAAUCGAUACUCGCAGUGGCAGCCAUUCUUGGCAUGAGUCCAUCGAAUUGCUGCCACUACCAGGUUCCUAUCUACCAAAGCCAAACCACAGUGCCUGCCAUGGUGAAGCACCGCCGCUUGAUCGAGGAUCAACUCAUUGCCAGCAAGCUCUCCAUUGUGAAUUCAAUUCAACUCCUGUUCUGCAAGGAGGAUUCCUCGGCUAGAGACCAGCGAGCCUUAAGCCAACCAGCAGUUGCCUUGCUUCACACCAAUUUCAGCGAGAGUCCAUGGCAUUCAUCCCGGGCUUUGGUGGAAGGGAAAGUUGGCCCUGUGCCACUUCUUCCUGUGGCGCAGUUUUUGGGCUAUGACGACACGAAGGGUGUCCAGUGCCACAAACAGAUCUUGGAAGGCUACAUGGCUGGGAUGGACAUCAAGCCGGAGGACCGUUUCAUCUUUGUUGAUUUGGUGCCAAACAGGUUUGCAGAAUUUGGGAGGGCUGUUGCGGAGAUCCGCUUGGCUGAUCAGACUUCAGCUUUGCGGUACAUCGGCUUUGUGAAAUCAAAGGACGCGGAGACCGGGAACUCUACCAGCAUCAAGGAUUUGAGCUCCAGCAUCCGAUCCAAGGUUUGGGAGUUUUGGGAUGGCAGCACCAUGGCCCCAGCCAAGACUCGGCCUCGUGAGGCUCCUCAAGCUGCAGCUCCAAGUGUUGGCUUUUCAAGAUGGCAAGCCACUCUUUCCAGAGAUCAUCCUCACUCGCUUUCCUGA